AUGGUCGUAGAACAAGAGAAUUUUGAAAAGAAAUAUGCUCCACCUACCUUUGCAAGAAGACUACUAGAACGAAAUGCAAGUACAACGCUCUCAACGUCGCGCUCUACACCAUCAUUGCCCAACUUGGUGAACUAUGCGAUUUCAUCAGCAACUGCUACGCUAUCCAAGCGACAGGUAGCUGAUAUGUCGACAUCCAUGCGUCGAGGACACAGCGACUACAAUUCAGUCAAUAGAAUUACAGAGCAGCCAAAGAAGCAAAUCAUCUCCAAAAGAAGACAUUCAUUCAGCAGCUUUUUGAACGCAAAAUAUGGGAAAACAGCUAUUGUAGAUGAGGAUGAAGAUAAAUUUCGUGACGACAAAAGAGCCACCAUUUCAGCAUCUGUCAAUAGCAAUCAUCCGGCAAAUCGAACUACAGUCAAUGGCACUAUCCAUACCAAACCAAACCAGACAAAGAAGGGCCAUCGACCAAGAUCCUAUUCCGAGGUUUCUUUCAAUUUGCCGCAUGUAGAAAGAGCACCGCCUGUGGCGAUCACCAACAAGACACCGGCUUAUGAGUAUUAUGGCUUUGUCAUGUAUUUGGCAUCAUUUGUAGCAUUUGGUAUAUACUUAAUUUGGGCAUAUGUUCCUGAUGAAAUUUUGCAUAGUCUGGGCAUUACUUACUAUCCAAGUCGAUACUGGGCAUUGGCGAUACCUAUUUGGCUCAUGACGUUUGUGUGGUUUAUAUUCAUAUCCUUCAUGACGAUCAAUCUCAUGAAUACGGCACCAUUCAACUGCCUUGACUGCAUCACAGAUGAGCAUGCCAAUGUGAUGCAUUUGGAUAAUGAAGUAGUAUCUGAUCGACCAUCCGAUUGGAUACCCGAGCUUUAUGAUAUACCCAUCGGCCUUGUAAAUAAGUUUCUGUACCAACAAGGUGAAGAAGAAGAAGAGGAGGAAGACGCCAUCUUAUUUGCGAUACCAAAUGCUAAAACUAAAUCGAAAAAAGCUAAACAUACUAAUACCAAUACUACUAAUUUUAAUAAUCAAUUAAUAAUGAAUCAAUUCAGCUCGUCACCGCUGGUGGACACAGCUGAUGAAAUGAGCGAAGAAGAUGCUUUGGCACUUCGCAGAAAUAAAUACGGGAAAAGAUUUACAAAGUGA